CUCACUAGACCAGAACAUAGCAACACAGAUGUGUCCUGCAAGCAACCCGGAGAAAUCACAACCUAGUAAGGACGAUCCAGAGACUUGUCCAGACUACUUCAGGUGGAUUUACAAGGAUCUAGAAGCAUGGCGUGAGACUGGAAUCACUCGAGAGACGUUAGAGAGAGCGAGUGAUAAAGCUCACUUCAGGCUGAUAAUAAAAGGAGGAAGAGUGUAUGUGCAACAAUACAAGAAAUCUUUUCAGACAAGAGAUGUAUUCACUAUAUGGGGAAUAGUACAGCUUCUAAGGAUGUAUCCUGGUCAAGUCCCUGAUCUUGAGCUUCUCUUCAUGUGCGAUGACUUACCUGAAAUCUGGAGAAGAGACUAUAGGCCAAGACCAGGAGUCAAUGUGACGUGGCCACCAUCUCCACUCUUCCACUAUUGUGGCCAUUCCGGUGCUUUCGACAUUGUCUUCCCCGAUUGGAGCUUUUGGGGCUGGCCGGAGAUCAACAUAAGGGAGUGGAAUAAAAUGUUGGAGGCGAUAAGUGAAGGGAUAAAGAAGGUGAAGUGGGAAGAGAGAGAACCUUACGCAUAUUGGAAAGGGAAUGCUAGAGUUGGCAAGAGAAGAGACCUCAUGAAUUGUCAUGACCCCAUGGUUCAUCUCUAUCGCCAGGAUUGGUGGAAAGAGGGCAGCAUUGGGUAUAAGACUUCAAACCUAGAAGAUCAAUGCACCCACAGGUACAAGAUUUAUGUAGAAGGAAGGGCUUGGUCAGUGAGCGAGAAGUACAUAUUAGCUUGUGACAGUAUGACUCUUCUUGUGAAGCCAUUUUACUUUGACUUCUUCACUAGAAGCUUAGUUCCAAUGGAGCAUUACUGGCCCAUUAGACCUCGAGAAAAAUGUAGUGACAUUGUCUUUGCUGUCCAUUGGGGCAACAACAAUACCAAAAAGGCAAAAGCUAUAGGGAGAAAUGGAAGUGGGUAUAUUCGAAAGAAUCUAAAGAUGAAGUAUGUGUAUGAUUACAUGUUGCAUCUAUUGCAAAGCUAUGGGAAGUUGAUGAAGAUGAAUGUAGAAGUUCCUCAAGGAGCCAAGGAAGUGUGUCCGGAGACAAUGGCUUGUCCAAUCAAUGGAGGCCGAAUGAGACAAUCUAUGGAUGACUCAUUGGUUAUGUCUCCGAGCGUUAAGGCUGCUUGUGAGAUGCCUCCACCUUUUGAAGAAGAUGAGCUCAAGAGGUUUCUUGAGAAGAAAGAAAGUAUUGAGAAAGAAGUUGAGAAGUGGACUAAUGAGUAUUGGGAGGAACAGAAGAAGAUUCUUAAACAUUGAGCUAGUUAUUUAUCUAUAAAAACAAAAUUUAAUU